AUGUCUUUCAAGGCUGAAGAUAAAUUCUCUGGUGGAAAUCACCAUGGCGUGUUAGACACCUUAGGUCUGAAAGUGGCCGAGGGUCACCAGGAUGUGCAGGAGGGAUUGAUGGCCGAUAAUGCCGAUAAUCUUCAAAGACACCUGGGUAAUCGCCAAAUUCAACUAAUCGCAAUCGGAGGCUCUAUCGGAACCGCCCUGUUCGUGAGUAUUGGAACGGGCUUGUAUCAUGGCGGCCCCGGCAGUUUGUUCAUCGCCUUUACGGUGCAGUGUAUCUUCCUCGCCAUGGUAAACAACUGUCUGGCCGAAAUGACCACCACAUUUCCCGUCAGUGGCGGCUUUAUUCGCUUGGCAGGAAAAUGGGUUGAUGAUGCGCUUGGUUUCAUGGUUGGCUGGAAUUUCUUCUUUUACGAGGCCCUGUUGAUUCCAUUCGAAAUUUCGGCUUUUACCCUUGUCGUCUCUUUUUGGUCCGACAAGGUGACCGAGCCUGGUCCAGUCGCUGGCCUGUGCGCGGCCAUUGUUGUCAUCUUGAUUUUUGCACUUUUUUUCUUCACCUUCAUAACCAUGGUUGGUGGCAAUCCAGCUCACGAUGCAUACGGCUUUCGGUACUGGAACAACCCCGGUUCCUUCAUGGAGUAUCUGGAUGUUGGUACUUUGGGUCGGUUUGAAGGAUUUUUAGGAGCCCUGUGGUCAGCCGCCUUUGCUGUCGUUGGCCCCGAGUACAUCUCGAUGGUCGCUGCCGAAGCCAAGCGACCCCGUCUCUACAUCAAAGCGGCCUUUAAAACGGUAUAUCUCCGCUUUGGUCUAUUCUUCAUGGGUGGAGCUCUGGCCGUGGGUAUAGUCUGUUCUUGUAGGGAUCCGUCAUUGACCGCCGUCGUUGAUGGUACGACAUCAGGCUCCACCGCUGCGGCUUCGCCGUAUGUCAUCGGCAUGCGGAACCUCGGCAUCUCGAUUUUCCCAUCUAUCAUCAACGCUUUACUCUUGACUUCUAUCUUUUCCGCGGGCAACACGUAUACGUAUUGCGCUAUUCGAACUCUCUACAGUUUGGCACUUGAGGGCCGAGCCCCAAGGUUCCUUACAUACACUACACGCAAGGGUGUACCAAUCUACUGCUUCGUUGUGGUGAUGAUCUUCCCGAUGCUGUCUUUCUUGCAGUGUUCGAGCAGUUCUGCCACAGUGAUCACCUGGUUCGCCGAGCUUGUCACGGCUGGAGGCCUUAUCAACUAUAUCGUCAUCUGUAUCACCUUUAUCUGUUACCACCGGGCCUGCAAAGUGCAAGGUAUCGACCGUCGAAGCUUCGCAUACUUCGGGCGCUUUCAACCGUACUCUGCGUAUCUGCCCCUCAUCUGGAUGACCCUCGUCACCAUCUUCUAUGGCUAUCCCGCAUUUAAGCCAUGGUCAGUAUCGAACUUUUGGGCGAAUUACACCAUGCAAAUUGUGAUUCCCUGCCUCUUCAUAUUGUGGAAACUCUUCAAGCGGACAAGAUUUGUCCGAUCCCACGAAGUGGACCUUGUAUGGGAAAGACCGUUGAUCGAUGCGUAUGAAGCAAGUUUCUUAGACCCUCCAAUGGGUUUCUGGAGAGAAGUGGGACAGGUCUUUGGAAUUGGACGGACCAAAGGUGGCAAUGACAAGCGUCGUCAUUCCGUUGUUCCUCCCCCAAGUGGGAAUGAGGGCACAGAGGAAGGAGCUUUGGCUUAG